AUGACUUGGGGAUUUGUUACGUGUGGCCCAAAUGAGGCUCUCGUUGUUUCUGGGUGCUGUUAUUCCAAGCCGCUACUAGUUCCUGGCGGCCGAGCAUUUGUUUGGCCUGCCAUCCAGCGUGUUCAAAAAAUAUCACUUAACACAAUGACACUACAAGUGGAAUCACCAACUGUCUACACAAGCCAAGGUGUACCAAUCUCAGUAACCGGAAUUGCACAGGUGAAGAUCCAGGGUCAAAAUGCGGAGAUGCUGCUUUCAGCAUGUGAGCAGUUUCUUGGCAAAUCAGAACAGGAGAUUCAACAUAUAGCACUUGUCACCCUAGAAGGUCACCAGCGAGCUAUUAUGGGAUCAAUGACUGUGGAGGAAAUAUACAAAGAUCGCAAAAUUUUUUCUAAAAAGGUGUUUGAAGUGGCAUCCAGCGAUCUGAUCAAUAUGGGGAUCACAGUUGUGUCAUAUACCCUCAAGGACAUUCGAGAUGAAGAGGGCUACUUAAAAGCGCUGGGUAUGGCUAGAACGGCGGAAGUUAAGCGGGACGCCCGCAUCGGCGAGGCUGAGGCGCAAGCGGAGGCGAAGAUCAAGGAGGCCAUGGCGGAGGAGCAGCGCAUGGCCGCCAGGUUCCUCAACGACACCGAGAUAGCGAAGGCGCAGCGGGACUUCGAGCUGAAGAAAGCCGCGUACGACGUGGAAGUGCAAACGAAAAAGGCCGAAGCCGAGAUGGCGUACGAAUUGCAAGCGGCCAAAACGAAACAACGCAUCAAGGAGGAGCAGAUGCAGAUAGCCGUCGUGGAGCGCACGCAGGAGAUAAACGUGCAGCGGUGGGAAGUGCAGAGGCGUGAGAAGGAACUGGAGGCGACUGUACGCAGGCCGGCGGAGGCGGAAAAGUUUAAAUUGGAGAAGUUGGCCGAAGCGCACAGACUUAAGACCGUCCUAGAGGCGGAAGCGGAAGCGGAGGCGGUGAAAGUGCGCGGAGAGGCAGAAGCUUAUGCCAUAAAAGCCAAAGCGGCGGCGGACGCCGAACAAAUGGCGAAGAAGGCUGAGGCGUGGAAGGAAUACGGCUCAGCGGCGAUGGUCGAUAUGAUGCUCGAAACUUUGCCCAAGGUGGCCGCCGAGGUGGCCGCGCCGCUGUCGCAGGCGCGCAAGGUGACCAUGGUCUCCUGCGGCGGCGGCGAGGUGGGCGCCGCCAAGCUCACCGGCGAGGUGCUCACCAUCGUGCAGUGCAUACCGGAGCUCGUCAAGGGCGUCACCGGCGUGGACAUCUCCAAGGUCAAGGGUCUCCGCGCCGUU